AUGGAGAUAAAAUUUCCAAUGUACUCGAAGAUAAACGUGCGCAGACAAUCGUUCGCAACGUGGCCUCUCAAUGAAAACGUAUCGUCCGUUCAGUUAAGUUAUCACGGCUUUUUCUUCGUAGGCACGCACGAUAUAGUAACAUGUUACACGUGCGGAGUCACUCUCGAAAAGUGGAAUAAAAACUUAUUCGCGGUGGACGGACGUCGAAACGUGAAAAGAGCAAACGUUGUUUCCGAAGACAAUGGUGGUGUCGCGACGAAGAAACGAAGAAGUCUGUGCGACCCAUUGGUGGAACAUAUCUAUUGGUCGCCUGAUUGUCCAUUGAUUUUACGUUAUCGCGACCAACCGGAGUGGCGAACGAAUAAUCCUCGAUCGACCCGAAGAAGCGACAACAAUACCGACGUUAUGUUCGUAUCGUUGUCCGCUUCCUACGGAUCACUCGUUAAUACGACGCUACGCGAUUAUCAUACUCUGAAAGAGAUGAAGGGUCAAGUGGACGUUAUGUUCGGUAAUUUGAUAUCGUUUUAUCGCAAGCUAGCGACCGAAUUAGAUGUGUUGUACCAACGAAUGCUCGUUGCCACGAAAGGCGCGUGUGCGUGCAGUCACACUUGUCUCGUUACAACCAAUCGUAGAAUAUCAGCGAUAGCCGCGUGUCUAACCGCUUUGCGAAAAACUCGACGAAUUUCUCUACGCGACGAAUGUCUAGUCGACCUGACGACGAUGCGUCGCAACGGCGGCACGACAGCACCGUCGUCGCCACCGUUGUCAUGUGAAUCUUGUAGUAAUCACCACUGCGUAGUGUGUCGCGACGCGUUGAGCGAUAUUCUUUUUCUACCGUGCGGUCAUUUGAAAUGUUGCUUAAAUUGCGCCGUCAGAAUAACCACCGGUGAAUGUCCUCUCUGUCGAGGCACCGUGUUCGCGAUGCUUCGUGUUUACGUUUGA